AAAUUUUCAUCUGGUCACACUGCUACAGUCAGCCAAUGAAUUUCUCGAAAUGAAUGUUUCAAAAUUAAAAUUAUCCAAAUUCUACGUUAUAAUCGCUUCCGCAACUGAACUCGACGUCGAGUUGACACCAAACAAAUCAGUGCUCCCAACGCGACAGUGAAACGCGUGGUUUAAAGUGCGUAAAAAGUCAACAAAAGUCAUAAGCUUUCUGUUUCUGUGCUGUGCCAAUACAUACGUAACGCAGUGAGCGUGUGUGUGCGUUUUGUGUGUGUGUGCAUAUGCAUAUGUGCAUGUGUGGGUGGUCGCCUUGAAAACAUAAUCGUGCCAUCUGCGUAUUAAAAAAGCGAAAAGGAAGAAAGAAAAAACAAUUGUGUAUAAUAUAUAUAUACAGGCACACACACACACACACACAGGCACAACGUAACAUAUGUUUAACAGAGUGCAGGCGCAACAACAAAGCACAAGUGCACUGUUAGUUAGCAGUUCUGGCCCCUGUUAGAUCAGCAGUUCGCCUCUGUUAACAGUGGGCAGCAGUGUGCCCGUUUCGGACCACAACCUAUAUCUCAGAAAUCCGAUUUCGAACUGUAAAAAUAUUUCAAGGCAGCACGCAAUAAAAUUAGAUGCGAUUAAAACUAAAAACAAGCGUUUAGAGUUCAGUGCAACUAGUGGAACAAAAUUCGCAGUAUACAAACCAGGCUACACAACAUGCUAACCGUAUAAGGCAACAACAAAGGGCUGCCUGCAAAACGCAAAACGCAAAACGUAAACAAAAGAGACGAAACGAACAGAGAAGGCGCAGCAGCAGACAAGAGCCAGAACAAGAGAGAGAGAGAGAAGGAGAGAGGGCGAGAGAGAGAGGGAGAGAGCAAAAGCCCAGAGUAAUCAAUUAGUAAGCCAAGAAAACGGGGAAAACAGAAAGCAGAAAACAGAAGGAGUAGAUAAAACGCAAUCCAAGAGGAGGAAGCGCCGCGCCAGAGAGACAGGGAGCGAGAGAGAGCGAGGCAGCAGCAGCAGCAGCAUCAUCAUCAGUGGCAGCAAUGGACUCGGAUAAUGACAAUGAUUUCUGCGACAAUGUCGAUUCGGGCAACGUCUCCUCGGGCGACGACGGCGACGAUGACUUCGGCAUGGAGGUGGACAUGCCCAGUUCGGCUGAGCGCCAGCUGGACACCGAUGAUUACCAGUACAAGGUGCUCACCACCGACGAGAUUGUCCAGCAUCAGCGGGAGAUCAUUGACGAUGUCAAUCUGCUGUUGAAGCUUCCCACGCCCAUAACGAGGAUACUGCUUAAUCACUUCAAAUGGGACAAGGAGAAGCUGCUCGAGAAGUAUUUCGACGAGCCCCCAGAGGAGUUCUUCAAAUGCGCACACGUCAUAAAUCCCUUCAACACGGCCACCGAAGCGGUCAGACAAAGGACCAUACGAAGUCAGUGCGAAGAGUGCGAAAUAUGCUUCUGUCAUCUACUGCCAGAUCGCAUGACCGGCCUGGAGUGCGGUCAUCGAUUCUGCAUGUCCUGCUGGCGCGAGUAUCUGACAACGAAGAUCGUGGCGGAGGGUCUUGGCCAGACCAUCUCGUGCGCGGCGCACGGCUGUGAUAUACUGGUUGACGAUGUGACCGUUACCAAACUGGUGGUGGAUCCCCGUGUGCGGGUCAAAUACCAGCAGCUGAUCACCAACAGCUUUGUGGAAUGCAAUCAGCUGCUACGCUGGUGUCCGUCCGUCGACUGCACCUAUGCGGUUAAGGUGCCGUAUGCGGAACCGCGUCGCGUUCACUGCAAAUGCGGUCAUGUAUUUUGCUUUGCCUGCGGCGAAAACUGGCACGAUCCGGUCAAGUGCCGUUGGCUUAAGAAAUGGAUCAAGAAGUGUGACGACGACUCAGAGACGUCCAAUUGGAUUGCGGCCAAUACCAAAGAGUGUCCCAAGUGCAGUGUGACCAUUGAGAAGGACGGCGGCUGCAAUCAUAUGGUGUGCAAGAAUCAGAACUGCAAGAAUGAGUUCUGUUGGGUCUGCCUUGGCUCCUGGGAGCCGCAUGGCUCAUCCUGGUACAACUGUAACCGCUACGAUGAGGAUGAGGCCAAGACGGCUCGUGAUGCCCAGGAGAAGUUGCGAUCAUCGCUGGCCAGAUAUCUCCACUACUACAAUCGCUACAUGAACCACAUGCAAUCGAUGAAGUUUGAGAACAAAUUGUAUGCCUGCGUAAAGCAAAAAAUGGAGGAGAUGCAGCAGCACAACAUGUCCUGGAUUGAGGUGCAAUUUCUGAAAAAGGCUGUCGACAUACUUUGCCAGUGCCGUCAGACACUCAUGUACACAUACGUAUUUGCGUAUUAUUUGAAAAAGAACAAUCAGUCGAUGAUAUUCGAGGAUAAUCAAAAGGAUUUGGAGUCGGCAACCGAAACGUUGUCCGAGUAUUUGGAACGUGAAAUAACAUCCGAGAACUUGGCUGAUAUUAAGCAGAAAGUGCAAGAUAAAUACAGGUAUUGUGAAAAGCGCUGCUCUGUUCUGCUAAAGCAUGUGCACGAGGGCUACGACACGGACUGGUGGGACUACACAGAAUGACGCGAGUCAUGGCUGGAUAACUAAGCAAAGCUAAAGCUAUGCUAAGCGCAUUAGGCAGGGCAGAUCAAAAGCAGAGCACGCAGCACCACCUACCAUUUCACUUUUAAUCUAUGGAGCUGGGAAAGCAUCAAUGUUUGUGGGCGUUGACCUCGAAAACCUGGAUGUUUUUCCAGCUCUAUACAACACCAUCCCCAUCUCCCCCUCACCUCCCCCCAAACUGAAGCCGAAGAUGUAUAGAACAGAACAGAAGUUGAGGAUAAUGAAGAAAGCUGAUGCUAAAAAUGUUAUGGAAAAAGGCAAGCAAGAAGAGGAAGCUCCUGCAAUACAAUAAAGCAACAGAUACGGAAACAAAUGAAAAUCAUUGCAAAAUAUUUGUGAAAUUCUCGAGAGAAAUUAUAUUAAAACGUAAUUUAUAUAUAUAUAUAUAAUUAUAUAUAUAUAUGUGGAGAAUUAAAAUAUACAUAUAUAUAGAUAUAUAUAUGCGUAUAGGUAUGCGCAUAGUGUAAA